AUGCUUUGCUCGGCUUGUACCCCCAUCUUUCAAUCGAAUCCCAAAUUUUCGUUUGGUCCAGAGGAUCUCGACUUCGUUUGGCAUAACCACCAGAAAACUGCAGCCGGCCUUAGGAAUGCAGCUAAACAGGGUUGCUACAUUUGUUCCGCCUUUUGGGAUGGCAUGACGGGCCAGUUUUCAUUUGACCCCGAAGCUAACGAGUCUGAAUCUUUCACUCGUUACUCUUUGUCGGAUGCUUGGUCUUAUGCGCCGGAGGGAACAUGCGAACUGUUGAUAUACUCUGACAUGGUUGGCGGAGACGGCCAGCCAUUUGUUCGACAGUUCGUCGUCGAAGCAGGGGAUUUUGAAGGGACCAGUAGAAUGGAAGACGACGCUGAGACUCCGUCGAGCACGUCCUCCGAAGCGAGCUUUGGGCUCGCUAAACAAUGGCUCGCGAAAUGUCUUCGGGACCAUUCCACCUGUAGAUCGAUUCCAGACAAAGAUCCGUGGAUACCGACACGCCUGCUCGAUGUUGGAUCCUCUGAGAGCGAAGAAGAUACGCGCCUAGUCAUAACCAACAACCUAUCUCCUUACACUCUGUAUAUGACUUUGAGUCAUUGCUGGGGAUCAGCGCAAAUCGUACAACUGCGGACGGCGACUCUGGAUUCUAUGCAGGACCGUAUCCCACUCUCUUCACUCCCUCAGACCUUCCGAGAUGCUAUUUUCGUCGUCAAGCAAUUCGAAAUCCGCUACCUCUGGAUCGAUUCGUUAUGCAUCAUCCAAGAUUCCAUGGACGACUGGCAACAUGAAGCAGCACGAAUGGCAUUCGUUUAUAAAAAUUCAUACUGCAAUGUCGCAGCUACGGGUUCGUCGAAUAGUCAUGGUGGCUGCUUCGCAUUAAGGUUACCCUCCAUAGUUCGACCCUGCCUUGUCGAGGCUACCUGGGACGGUGGAGUUACAGGAUCCGUCCGUGUCAUAGAUCUUGGCAUGUGGACGGAUGGCGUUUCUGGCGCCCCUCUUAACAAGCGUGCGUGGGUUGUGCAAGAACGGCUUCUCGCACCUCGAGUACUUCAUUUUAGCACUCGUCAGAUCUUCUGGGAGUGCUUUGAGCUAGAUGCAUGUGAGACGUAUCCUUCUGGUAUCCCGCAAGCGUUCUAUGCCGGCUCUGCUGGCUUCAAGCACCUUAGCCCUGCCAUCGACCACGCUUCACUGCGAUCUUCUCCUCGAUGGACUCCCGAUCCUGCUUGGAGGCUGUAUCACACUUGGAAUUGGAUCGUUUCUGCUUACAUGAAAUGUGGGCUGACGAAGGCACAAGACAAGUUAAUUGCAUUGUCAGGGAUUGCGUCAGAGAUGCAACGCUUGACGGAAGACGAGUAUCUAGCAGGACUAUGGAGGAUGUAUGUGCCGUAUCAGCUGCUAUGGUUUAUCGAAAGCCGCAGGCAGAGCAAUGGUGAAGGCUCUUUCCGACCAGCCCCCUACCGAGCUCCAUCCUGGUCAUGGGCAUCUGUGGAAGGCGAAGUGAAUACUACAUCACUGAAUAAUCCAAAUUCGGCAUCAAUUCUCGUAUCUGUCCUGAAUGCACAUGUCACUCUUGUGAGGAGUGAGAACAAAACCGGGCAAACCAAAGGCGGAUUCCUCAUCCUUCGAGGCCAUCUGAGCGCUGCUGGGUGGAAGCCGGAUUCCGAGGGGGAAGGCAUCGUGCUUGUAGUGAACGACGCAAUAUGUGGUCAAAUACACGCUGAUGAGGCGACAGACCUGCCCGCGUAUGGACUGUUUUGUGUCCCAAUCCUGCGUCAUGUCAGCGAAGGAAAAGCCUUACUCGAUGUACUAAUCUUGCACAUGCGCGAAGCGGAGAGGACGUUUGAAAGAAUUGGAGUCGUAUUGGGGUCUGAUGCUGAAGAGAUGUUGCUGAUCGAUGACGAGCAAGACAUCACUCUAAUUUGA